AUGGCUACUAAGGCGUCUUGGGAAGUAGACCCAGAAACUCGUAGUAAACUGUCACAAAUAUCUAAGAAGGAGGGCGCCGGAAACGACAAGUGCUGCGACUGUGGUGCACCCAGCCCUCAAUGGGCCUCCCCAAAAUUCGGCAACUUCAUCUGUCUAACAUGUGCUGGCACCCAUCGCGGACUGGGUGUUCAUGUCUCAUUCGUCCGUUCCAUAUCCAUGGAUGCCUUCAAGUCCGCAGAGAUAAGCCGCAUGGACACCGGCGGCAAUAAGAGGUGGCAGGAUUUCUUCACCGCCAACAACCCCUCAGGCGCAUCCUUCGAUGAAUGUACGAUCAAAGAGCGCUAUGAUAGCGAAGUAGGCGAAGAGUGGAAGGAGCGCCUGUCGGCCGAAGUCGAGGAUAGGACAUUCGACGAAGCCGCCUUCAAGAAGCAGAUGGAGGUCAUGCGACAAAAGAAGGCUCAGAAGGAGCAAGAACGGUCAACACAGAACAGCCGGAGUGGCACACCUGUCGCCGGUCGGAGCAUAAGUUCGCAACGACGGACUGAAAGCCCUGCAGCUGGUGGUCCCGGCAAACGAGGCCCUGGCAUUACGGCAGAGCAGAAGGCACAGAAUGAGGCAUACUUUGCGAGAAUGGGCGAUGCCAACGCCAGCAGACCCGAUGGCGUGCCACCUAGCCAAGGCGGCAAAUAUGGUGGCUUCGGCAGCUCUGCUCCAGUUGGUCAAUCAGCUGGUCAGGAGGGUGGCUUGCCUGGUGCGGAUGAGUUCCAGAAGGACCCGGUGGCCGCAAUAACCAAGGGAUUCGGCUGGCUUGGUGGCAUGGUCAGCAAGCAGGCCAAGGUGGUCAACGAGAGCUAUAUUCAGCCCACCGCAAAGAAUAUCGCAUCAUCAGAUUUCGCCGCACAAGCUCGAACUGGAAUAGCUACAGCAGGGUCGACCAUUGCCUCAGGCACAAAGAACGCAGCCGAAAACUUCAACAAGUUCAUCGAAGGCCAAGACGAGAAGGCCGCGAACGCAGGCUCAGCUCGUCGCGUCGAGCCCGAACGGAAAGACUUCUGGGACAGCUUCGGUGGAUCCAACGAGCCCACCACAGCGAAGAGCGGUAGUCUCGGUACAAGCGCCAUGAAGAAGGGCCCUAGCCAACCGGGUCAGAAGAAGGACGACGGCUGGGGUGACGACUGGUAG